AUUUCAGUUCACUAUUGAAGCGCGCGUCUUGGGGUACAGUUCGUGGCUGGAGUGAGUGGCUUAGGCAAUACACUUUUUUUUUCUUUUUUGGUGUUAGAUAUUUAGACUUCAAAUUUGGAGAAAAAAUGGUUUAAAUGUGAACAUAUGUACGUCAGUGCAACAACAACAACCACUACUACUUGCUUAAAAAAAACAAGCGCAUGGUUUUGAAAUCAUAGCAAUCUUAACUCAACAACGUGUAGUUUUGUAUAUAUGUAUGUGUGUAUAAAUUCACAAUAAUAACUGACUGUUGAAAGAGCUCAUCUAUGUACAUAUGUCGGUUGGUCUCUUUGAGUGAACGCCGAAAAUUUUUCAUCAUUAAAAUAAAUAAACAUACACAUAAACAAAUAAACGAACAAACAGUAAGAGUGAACUUUAAUUACUCGGCUUGAAAUUAGUUGGCAGUGAAUUGUUUUAUUGCGCCUGACGAAAUAGUUAAUUUUGACCAAAAUGCAAGAUUUCAAUUUAAAUGUCGUUUGGUUUGUAACUGUAAUCAGCUGUAAUGUUUUUACAUUGACGUUUGCCAAAGAUUUCGCCUACAAUGGAGCUAUGGGACCCGAACAUUGGGGUGAACAGUACAGUACGUGCAGUGGCAAACAUCAAAGUCCCAUCAAUAUUGACUCGGUCAAUGUAAUUAGGCGUACCUACCAACCGCUCCGGCCGAAGAAGUUUGAAUCAACGCCACAAAGCGGGGAAAUACUGAAUAACGGGCACACUGUGGUCGUACGUCUUGAGUAUGACGAACAACGUCCAACCGUGUCCGGUGGUCCGCUUGAUGGUGAAUUUGUCUUUGAGCAAUUACACUUUCACUGGGGCGAUAACGACACUUUCGGUAGUGAGGAUCGCAUAAACAAUGUCUCAUUCCCAGCCGAGCUGCAUAUGGUUUUCCGUAAUACGAAAUAUCCCACAUUCGGUGAGGCAGCAUUAGAGAACAAUGGCGUUGCUGUACUGGCCUAUUUCUAUAAGAUAUCAAAAAAGGAUAAUCCCGAUUAUGCUGAAUUCACAGAGCUUUUAGAGCAUGUGGUGAAGCCGGAUAUGGUGGCGAAAUUCAGUGACCCACCAAUUCUUUGGGAUUUCAUAAAUAUUGAGUUUGAGGACUAUUACACAUAUAUUGGUUCGUUGACUACGCCACCUUGCAGUGAGCAUGUGACUUGGAUUGAUUUUAAAGAACCCGUAUUUAUCUCUGCUAAUCAGAUCGAACGUUUCCGCCAUCUCUACACACAUGACAAUUCGCCAAUGACACAUAAUUAUCGCCCCCUUCAGCCGUUGAACGAUCGCAAUGUCUUCUCUUCGCUCCCGAUAAGAGCACCAAUGGCUACGCCCAAGAAUCCGGCAAGUGCUGUACCCUUCGUUGAUAAUUUGGUUGGGGGCGGCGCCACGAGGAGACCGGCUGGCAUUAGUGUUACAGCCACAAUGUUGGUCUUAAGCAUAUUUACCGUUAAAAUCGCUAUUUAGAUUUUCAUUAAACUUAAGCACAAAAGAAAGUAUGAGUUCUGAUUACCAAUAAUAAUUAAUUAUUUGUGUUAAUUAAGUGUAAUUAUGAGCUUGUUUCGGUGCUUACCAAAGUAUUAUAACGGUAUUUAUUAAAUUGUUAAUUAAGCCUAUCAAAUACAUACAGACAUUCAUACAUACAAAUAAUUAGCCAUAUGCAUAUGUAUAUAUAUAUAUAUGUGUGUGUAUAUGUAAGAUAAGUUAAAGUUAAUUGAUUUCAGUAUUCUCAUUAUUUUUAGAACCAUAAAAAACAUAUUUAUAUGUAUUGUACGUAGUAUAUACAUACAAGUACAGACA